GACAAGGUUCCUCACUCUGAGGACAAGGUUCCUAAAUCUGAGGACAAGGUUCCUCAUUCUGAGGACAUGGUUCCUCACACUGAGGACGAGGAUCCUCGCUCUGAGGACAAGGUUCCUCACACUGAAGACAAGGUUUCUCACCCUGAGGACAAGGUUCCACACUCUGAGGACCCUUGGUUCCUCACUCUGAGGACAAGGUUCCUCACUCUGAAGACAAGGUUCCUCACUCUGAGGGCAAGGUUGCUCACUCUGAGGACAAGGUUGCUCACUGUGAGGACAAGGUUGCUCACUGUGAGGACAAGGUUCUUCACUCUGAAGGCAGGAUCCUCACACUGA